UCUUUGAUUUUUUUACAACAUAUAUAUAUCAGAUAUCUCUCUGAUUUGUCUCCCUCACUCUCUCAUCUCAUCAGUCUCACUCUUUGGUUUUGCAUCUCUGCACUGAUCGACUCACAGGGUUAUAUUGUUUUAAAUAGACCAUGGGCCUUUGUACAAUGGCUGGAAAAAGCUACUAUUGAAGAAGAAUACAUAUUGAUGGCAGAGCCUGAUCACAUAUUUGUAAAUCCACUUCCUAAUUUGGCACAUGGGGGGCUUUCUGCUGGCUUUCCUUUUUUCUACAUCAAGCCCAAAGAACAUGAGAAGAUUGUAAGGAAGUUUUUUGCCAAGGAGAAUGGCCCUGUAACAAAUAUUGAUCCAAUAGGCAAUUCCCCUGUUAUUAUCAAGAAGGAUACUCUAGAGAAGAUUGCACCGACAUGGAUGAAUAUUUCUUUGAGAAUGAAAGAUGACCCAGAGACUGAUAAAACAUUUGGAUGGGUGCUAGAAAUGUGAGUAGAAUAGAGAAAAUAAAUCACUUAUAUUGCAGUUGAGUUAAAAUUUAGGAAUGGUGAAUUUUUUUGACAUCUAUAUUUUCCUUUUUUGAACUAAGGUAUGCUUAUGAUGUGCCCUCGGCUUUGCAUGGUGUGCAGCAUAUACUUCGAAAAGACUUUAUGAUACAGGUUUUGAACCCUGCACUGUUAAUCUCUUCUUAGGUUUUUCAAUUGUAGUGGAUUGAUGAAUCACAGAUACAACAUUAUUAUGUGCACAUCAAAGCUUUCUUAAAAGUUCUUGCUAUGUUGAUUUUUCAGCCA